UGUACGUACCACCCAUUUCCGGCUUGAAAAAACCGGUUGCACAGGUGGAUAAGCAUGCACGUAUACGCUUGUGCAUAAGCAACCCUAUCUAGUAAAAAACAAUACCCACAUCCUUUUUCUUGCAAAUUAAUCAAAAGGUUUAGCUUCUUUUUUCCCCUCAGCGCGCGCCCUUAUCCCGGGCUUAUAAAUCGGAGCGCCCACGUAGCGGGGCACGCGCGCACGCACGACGGAGUCCACGCCACAGACCACACGCCACGCCACCGUCCGCGCGCUAGCUCUUCGUCAAGUCCGUCCGUCCACGCUCACGACUGCGCGCCACAUGCCGGCCGUCAGCCGGUUCAACUCCCCCGCCGGCCCCGAGCCCAGCUUAUAGCCCCGCCCACGCCAUCCCACCGCUCGUUCGCUCGCGCCGAUCCAGCCGAUCAGUCCGGCCAUCUUCGCCAGCUCAGCCAAGCUCGAUCCGGUCGCCGGCAUGGGGUGCGGCUUCUCGUCGACGGGGGCGUCGGGGGGCGGGGGCGGGCUGCGGCCGUUCGCGGGGGUGCGGGUGAUCCACACCAACGGGUACGUGGAGGACUUCCCGGCCGGCGAGGGCGGGGCGCCGGUCACCGUGGCGCGCGCCACGGCCUCCUCCUGCGCGUCGUCGUCGUGCCGGUACGUGCUGUGCUCGUCGGCGCACCUGCUGCAGCCGGGCCGCGCGCUGUUCCGGCCGGACGACGCGCUGCAGCCGGGCACCGUCUACUUCCUGCUCCCGCACUCCAUCUUCCAGGCCGAGUCCUCCGCCGUCGACCUCGCCUGCCUCAUGAACCGCCUCACCGCGCUCGCGCGCAAGGGCGGCGGCCCGGCGCCCAGCGCCGUCGACGCGCUCUUCUCCGGCGACGCCCAGCACCGCCCCGACGCCGCCGAGGGCCAGGCCGCCAAGCCGCCCCGUCCCGCCGGCAAGAGCUGCGGCGCCGCGUCCGCGGCGCCGUGGCGGCCGCGGCUCGACCGGAUCGACGAGUCCAUGGGCCGCUCGUCCAUGCGGAGCGCCUCCACCCUCAGCAACCGCAGCAGCCAGGACUAGCUAGACUAGGAUCUUCUUCUGCUUCGUUGUUGCUGCCGUUUCGUUUUUUUUUUUUUUUGUUGUUGUUGCUUGUUUGCAGUGAUUUGUAGUUCUGUGCCACCAUGAAACAACUAGAUUUUGUCCUUCUGUUAGUGCCAUGCCAUCAAGAGAAAUACUAUAGCUCUGCUUGCCCUCCAUUUUCCCUGCUCGUUCAUAAUCAACCUGUACAUUUUGUAGUGAUUUGUACUACUAUAUCAGAAACCAGAUUAUUUUUUCCAUCAAUCAAAAAUAUGUACUCCUACUCCUUUA